CACAGGUACAAUAACUGACUAUAAUGGGCGAUCAACCGAAGAAGAAGGAUCCUGUCCCGGUGGAGAAGACAGCCGAUCCAAUUAUCUCCCAGAUUGGUGACUUUAAGCGUUAUCAGUUCUGGUUUUGCAUGCUGAUAUUUUUAAGUAAAUUUGGCACGGGCUGGCACACACUAGCACACAUAUUUUUGGCGGCUCCCACGCCCCUCAGUUGCGCAACAGCAAACGUGACAGAUGCGUGCAGCGACGACUGCGAUGAGAUCGAAUUCGACACCAGCGUAUUCGAGACCACCAUCGUCACAGAAUGGAAUCUGACCUGUAAAAAAUCGAGUUUGUCCAGCAUGUCACAAUCCAUUGUUAUGGCUGGCGUUAUGUUUGGCAGUAUUGUCUUUGGCAUGAUCGCAGAUCGUUUUGGUCGUCGUCCUGCGUUUUUGGGCUGCUGCUUCAUGCAGCUAGGCGCUGGUUUGAUCGUCUGUCUGUCCCCGUAUUUUUGGUUCUACUGUCUCUUCAGAUUUCUGACGGCUUUUGCCACAGGCGGCACCAUGACAACAAGCUUUGUGCUCAUCAUGGAAAUAAUAGGACCGAAGAAACGCGAACUAGUUGCAAUUCUGUAUCAGAUACCGUUCAACGUUGGCCACGCUUCCCUGGCGAUAUUUGCCUACUUUAUACGCACCUGGCGCUGGUUUCAGUUCGCCGUGACAAUAUUUUCGGUCGUGUUCGUGCUCUACAUAUUCCUGGUGCCCGAAUCGCCACGCUGGCUGUAUACGACAGGACGUGUGGAUGAUUCCAUAAAGAUAUUGGAAAAGAUUGCAAAAAAAAACAAUGCGCCCACCGAAACUAUCCGUGGGGAAAUAGAGUCCGGCUAUAAAGUGUUAGCUGCCAAGACGCCUUCAAAAAAGGGUAACGUGAUCGAUCUUUUUCGAACGCCCUUUUUGCGUACGAAGACCUUUUGCAUGCUCGUUAUCUGGUUGGUGAUUUGCAUGGUCUACUAUGGCACCGCCCAGUAUAUAUCCAAGCUGGGCGGCAAUAUAUUCCUUAACAAUCUCAUCGCCGCUGGGCUAGGCAUACCCGGAACCCUGCUCUGUGUGGUCUUGACCAAGUAUUUGGGUCGCAAGAUAACAAUGAUGCUGUCCAAUGCGCUUAGUGCCAUUGGCCUGUUAGCUUUGGUGUUUCUGACUAGUUUCGAUAUGCGGAUUCAGGUGGCCUGCGCCACACUGGGACUAUUUGGUGCGUCGAUAUCAUUUCCCAAUGUGUAUCUUUGGGGCGGUGAGAUAUUUCCGACGGUGGUGCGUUCGAAUGGAAUGGGCCUGUGCUCUAUGAUUGGCCGUAUUGGUGGCCUGCUUGCACCGCUCAUCUGUGAUCUGGCCCUCUUGAAGGCAUGGAUAACACCACUCAUAUUUGGCCUCUUCUCGGUAUCGGCCGUGAUUUGCAGCAUCUUUUUACCAGAGACACGCGGUGCUCUCUUGCCGGAGACAUUGGAGGAUGGUGAAAACUUUGGACGCAAGGCAAAGGAGUAACUGGAAAUUUUGUGUGGUGCAAAAACCCCAAAGUAUAUCAGACAUAUGCACAAGCCAAGCUCACAGCUUCAGCAAAGUCUGUAUAAUAUACCCAUUUGGCUUAAAAUGCCAGCAACAAAAAAGGGUUAACAAAUGCAAAAUGUAAUCGCUGCAAAAUUAAUACAGUUGUUAUUGUUAAAACCGGGUUGAUCCCUUGCAAUCUUUUAUUUUUCCCGAUUUUAUUGCUAUGCCUAGGCGCAAUAACAGUUACAAUAACAGUUUUGGAAAGUUAAGUUCGGUUAUCAAGUUGGGAAGAGAAAUUUUUUAAAUAAUUCGCGUAGACAAUUUAUAGACACCACCCUUUAUAAAUAAGUUUGAUUUAGUUAAGCAACAACGAUACUUUAUAGCAACAAACAUAUUCAAUAGCUAGAGAUACUUACUUCCUAUUUGGACCAUAAAUAAAGAGUAUAAUGAAACUAAAUAGUAA